AUGUGGAUUUUUCUUUCAGACAACAUCAGUGCCGAAGAAUGCCUUGAUAAGAAAACCGUUUACGAAAAUUACUGCAAUAUGUGGCUUCUGGAUUUCCCUCAGAUUCAUCCCGUCAACCUUUUUGCUGACACAGAAGCAAACCUUCCUACCGGUUGGGACACAAAAAAAGACAGAAAUUCUAAGGCUCCGAUUCCGCCUCCUAGGCCUACGCCACCUGGAAGUUCUCCAUGUAAUUCUGUCGAAAUUCCAGUAGCUUACAACGAUAAAGUGGUUGCCUUUUUAAGGCAGCCUAAUAUUUUCGAUAUUUUAAAAGAACGUCACCCACCCAUCGGUACAUCGACAUCGCUCAGGGAAAAAGUGAAUGCCAUCCGAGUCGAUGGAACAUCUGCCCUUGAUCGACUUAGUCAAGAUUUGAACCUCACAAUUCUUCUAAGCCUUUUCGAGCAAGAAAUAAUGUCUUACGUCCCGGCAGCGGUACCUUCUUCAGCUACAACGUCGGUACGCAGCGGGUCUCCCCAACAAUCAUCUCCUGGAUUAAGUCGGCUUAGAGCCUCUGGUCCUUCACAUAGACGAGAUUUUGAGGCCAAAUUGCGCUCUUUUUACAGAAAAUUAGAAAGUAAAGGCUACGGACAAGGACCAGGGAAAUUUAGGCUCCAUAUUCGAAGGGACAGGCUCCUAGAAGAUGCCUUUAGAAGGAUUAUGGCAGCUAGUAGGAAGGAAUUGCAGAAAGGAAAGUUGUGUGUUCUUUGGGACGGAGAAGAAGGAUUAGAUUACGGAGGCCCAUCGAGAGAGUUCUUUUUCCUGCUUUCAAGGGAACUUUUCAAUCCUUACUAUGGACUUUUUGAAUAUUCGGCCAAUGAUACAUACACCGUACAAAUUUCUCCAAUGUCAGCAUUCGUGGAUAAUUAUCAGGAAUGGUUUCGCUUUAGUGGACGUGUUCUAGGAUUAGCAUUGGUUCAUCAAUAUUUACUGGAUGCUUUCUUUACAAGGCCUUUUUACAAAGCUCUCCUUAGACUGCCAGUAGCGUUAUCCGAUCUGGAAAGUUUAGAUUUCGAGUUUCACCAGUCGCUUCAAUGGAUCAAAGAAAACGACGUAUCUAAUCAAGGAGAACUAGAACUUACGUUUUCAGUUACUGAAGAGGUUUUCGGUCAAGUUCUGGAAAGAGAGCUCAAACCGGGUGGAAGAAAUGUCCCGGUAACCGAAAAGAAUAAAAAAGAAUACUUGGAACGAAUAGUAAGAUGGCGACUGGAAAGAGGAGUAGCUGAACAAACAGAGUGCUUAGUCAGGGGCUUUUAUGAAGUUGUAGAUCCUCGACUAGUUAGUGUUUUUGAUGCUAGGGAAUUAGAGCUUGUAAUGGCAGGAACUGCUGAAAUAGACCUUGUCGAUUGGAGACAAAACACUGAAUAUAGAGGUGGUUACCAUGAUCAACACCAAGUAGUUAUUUGGUUUUGGCAAGCAAUUGAAAGGUUUUCAAAUGAGCAAAGACUACGUCUCCUUCAGUUCGUUACUGGAACAUCAAGUAUUCCAUAUGAAGGCUUUGCAGCUUUAAGAGGCUCCAUCGGUCCCCGUAAAUUCUGCAUAGAGAAAUGGGGUAAACCCAACAGUUUGCCUCGCGCGCACACUUGUUUUAAUCGCCUUGAUUUGCCUCCAUAUCCAACUUCAGAAGUCCUACAUGAAAAAUUGCUCUUGGCUGUUGAAGAGACCAACACUUUUGGAAUUGAAUAAGCUGCUUCGAUAACACACUCUUACUUGAUAGAGAAAAAAUUGUUUUACUUCAAGCAAAGAAUCAGAAGACAAUAUUCGAAAAUCUGUAGGCAUUGCUCACUAUUGGAGCAGGAUAUUUUAUAGCCGAUUAAGGAAGCUAAACAAUAGAUACAAGUAAUAUACAAGUCAUUUACCGAAGCUUCCCAUAAACGGAUAGCUUCCACGUGGUUUUCAUACCAAAACAAUCAGUGUCUGCAUUACUGAUUACUUAUAUAGUUACCAAUGUGUAAAAUUAGUAUUUUCUGUCUAUUACCACAACCUUAUUUACAGUAAUUCCUCAGAAUUACGUAAUAAAUGGUACUAAUCGCAACUGAGAAGUAUAAAGUAAAUUUUUCUUAAAUCUAAUUUCAAAUAAAUAUAUAUCCAAAGUUAUUUACCGCAGCUUUGUAUCAAAAAAAUAACAGAUUGCAGAAGUAUGAAACAUGAUAAUAUGAAGCGAAUUUUGCUGCAUGCUUUCUAGGAAAAUAUACUGAUAUAAUUAUGUUGUAUUUUUUGACUAUCCUGAAACAAAAUGCUUCAACAAAUCAAACAUACAUAUUUCAGAACGUUUAUUAAGCUAUGAGUUAUUCUAUUAUUAGAAUAAUCCGUACAUCCCCAAUCACUUAAUUGCUUUUGAUUGAUAUAUUUCUCUGUAAAAAAAUACUACAUAAUAAACGGUGCAGACAUUUGAUAUACAUUUAGCUAAUUCGGUUGUUCAUAAUGAACAAACCGACAAACUCCUGGCACAAAAUAUCCAAGUAUGCUCUUUUUUGAGCACUUAAAUGUGUAAGAAUAUGUGAUGAUUUAUAGUUCUAGUCAACGCAUUAAAUGUUAUUUUUACAUGCGAAAGAUAACGCUAAUAGAUUAACAAAUUUAUUAUUUAUGUUUUAAAACUUAAUAAUACGGUAAUAACAUUAUCGAUAAUGUGUUGCUAUCGUUUAUUAUUCCAAGUGCAUUUUAUAAGUUGUUCAACUGUAACAGCAAAAUUUGUAUUUUGUUAUUUGUAUUUGAAUAAGUGCCACUUAGAAUAUUUAUUCAAUGUUUAUGUAUAGCUCUUUGUAAAGUUUAGAAAAUAUACACUGUUUUCACUAA